AGCCUGAUGAUCACAGGCAGCAUGGGAUCGGUGCGAGUCAACAGGUACAGCAUUGUGUCAACGAACGAGGAGGGCCUCAAAGUCUCCACCCUUGGGCUCCACAACGGCCACAGCUCUCAGACUCGCCACCAACACUCCCUGGGUGGGGCAGGGGGAGGAGGUGGUGGAGCGAGCCGAGGUGGAGGUGAAGGAGGGGGCAGGUCGCCUGUCCCGGGACGAGGGAUGGAGAGCACCUACAAUGGCAAGAUCUCGACCACGGGGCCUGGCCGACUGAGGAGCCGCUUCGUGAAGAAAAACGGGCAGUGCAACGUGGUCUUCGCCAACAUGGAGGACAAGCCGCGCCGCUACCUGGCCGACAUCUUCACCACCUGCGUGGACAUCCGCUGGAGAUACCUGCUGAUGAUCUUCACCUCCACCUUCAUGGCCUCCUGGCUGUUUUUCGGGAUUGUUUUCUGGGCGGUGGCGAAGGCCCACGGAGACUUUGAGGUCCAUCCCGAAGGGACUCACCCUCUGGACGGGCACAGUGCGGGCAUAUCAGGAGGGGGCCCGAAUUUAGGACACCAUAAGGAGUGGAAACCAUGCAUCCUUCACGUGCAGGGCUUUGUAGGAGCUUUCCUGUUCUCCAUCGAAACCCAGACUACCAUAGGUUACGGGUGGCGGUGCGUGACCGAGGAGUGCCCCGUAGCCGUGGUGACGGUGGUGAUCCAGUCCAUCGUGGGCUGCAUCAUCGACUCCUUCAUGAUAGGCACCAUCAUGGCCAAGAUGGCACGCCCCAAGAAGAGGGCCCAGACCCUGCUGUUCUCCAACAACGCCGUCAUCGCCCUGCGCGACGGCAAGCUGUGCCUGAUGUGGCGUGUGGGGAACCUGCGGAAGAGCCACAUCGUGGAGGCCCACGUGCGCGCCCAGCUCAUCCGGCCCUACGUCACCGCCGAGGGGGAGUUCAUCCCCCUGGAGCAGACCGACCUCAAUGUGGGCUACGACGAGGGCACGGACCGGCUCUUCCUGGUCUCCCCGCUGAUCAUCGUCCACGAGAUCGACGAGGACAGCCCACUCUACAACCUGAGCAGGGCUGACCUGGAGACCGACGACUUUGAGAUCGUGGUCAUACUGGAGGGGAUGGUGGAGGCCACUGCCAUGACAACCCAGGCCCGCAGCUCGUACCUGGCCCGGGAGAUCCUCUGGGGACACAGGUUCGAGCCGGUGGUGUACGAGGACCGCGACCGCUACCAGGUGGACUACGGCCGCUUCCACUCCACCUACGAGGCGCCCUCCACCCCGGCCUGCAGCGCCAAGGAGCUCAGCGAGAUGGCCAGCCGGUCGCCCUCGGUCUCGUCCCGCUCCCCGUCCCCAGCCCACCCCAAGAGCUCUCACCACCUCAUGCCCCCUCACUCUCCCAGCGCCUUCUGCUACGAGAACGAGGUGGCCUUGUGCAGCGGGGAGGAGGAGGACGACAUGCAGGACAGGGGCCCGGGGAGAGGCGGCGGGGAGGGGGAGGACAGGACGAUUAUCAACAUUGACUUCCAGGACAGCAUUCACGAGCAAGCCAGGGACAUGCUGUGCACCUUCGACAUUAACAGCCAGCUGGAGAUGGACAAGCUACAGACUGCCAUCCCCCUCGACCCCAUGAACUACAGGGCAGACUCUGAGAUCUGAGCACAGCAAAGAGGCAGUGAAACAUCCCUCCCCACCAAAUCCUUCUGUCCUCCAAAGACCCACUGAAGGUCUUGUACAAGGGAUAGAUGUUCUGCUCUUUUUGGCACUUUACAUGUGUUUGUGGGUUCAAUGUCCAAAAUUCUUUAGCAGUUC